GCGGCUGAUGUCCGCGUUUCCGAUGCGUAAUAACCCUGAAGAAGACCCAUCCUUUCUCCAAAUGCAGGCGGGCAGAGGAGACAUGACACCGGACGCAGCGUCUCCGUGUCCCGGUGGCUCGAAGUAACCGGUGCCGCCGGUUUAAUCGACUUUAAAGGCUUCACCUGAGGAGAUUGUUGUGUUUGGUCGCGGGACUCGUCGGUAGCUUUGUGCUCUGAGAUGAAACUGAGGAGGAAGAUGUGGAUAUUUCACGGUGCCAACAGUUCAGUGCUUCUUUCCUCCACUUGGACCCAGUGGUGCUUGCGUUACGCUGCGGUGUUGUGUUUGUUGUGUUCGCCCGUCAGGACGGAUGACGCGUGUCCGUCCUCCUGCGUCUGUGCCAGAGACUCGGGGACGGUGACCUGCCGUGACGGGGAGGACACGGAGGUACCGGGGGACAUACCGGAGUGGACGUCCGCCCUGAUCCUCCGGGGCAGGAACAUCUCAACUUUACAGCGCGGUGCGUUCAUGAGCAACGGUACAGAGUUGGACAUGACGACUCUCUCGCUGUCCUACAACGGGAUACAGGCUAUUGAGCCUUACGCCUUCCUGGGGCUCCCCCGGUUGCAUUUGCUGGACCUGAGCAACAAUCGGCUGGAGUCGAUCUCAUCCAGAGCUUUCCAUGGAUUACCUGAUCUGCGCUCUCUUUACCUGAAUAACUCUGUUUUACCUUCAGCCGCAGUGCAGCUCUCAGACGCGCUCAACACACAAACUUUGCAAAACCUGCACAGACUGGAGCUGGCAGGGAACAGACUGAGGUCAAUACCUCUGCUGAGGUUGGACAUCUACAACCUGCACACCUUGGUGCUGGUUAAUAACUCCAUAGAGAACAUCGACUGGGAAAACGUGACCAACCUGUACCAGCAAACGCGAAUACGUGUCUACUUGGCGUUGAACCCAUUCCGGUGCAACUGUGGACUGGAAGCAUUUUACUACUGGCUGAAGAACUCGUCCCAGUGUGCAGAUGCAGGGCGUCUCCUGUGCAGCGAGCCGGAGGCCAAGAGGGGGGUCCCCGUGGAAAUGCUCCGGGGAGAGGACAUGGAUUGUAUGAACGAGAACCUCGAGGCUGUCUCCUACGUUUUCCUCGGUUUAGUGCUGGCUCUGAUUGGGGUGGUGUUUCUUAUGGUGCUCUAUCUCAACCGUGGGGGCAUCAAACGUUGGCUCACCAACAUCAGGGAGGCGUGCAGGGACCAGAUGGAGGUCUACCAUUACCGCUAUGAGCAAGACUCUGACCCCAGACUGGCCAACGUGGCUGUUUAACCCAUUGAACCCAAUAAAACAUGAGUGAGGAGACAUGGAGGCCAGUGUUUCAGGAAGGAUGUCUAUGACUGUAAUAGACUGAGGUCAUUCCCUGGCUGUAUCCUGUCACAAGCAAAAAUCUAUAGUUUUUAAAACCAUUUUUAUCAUUUUUAGCAGCUGGAACAUUAACUGCAAGUGGUGUCCCUCUCGCUGUGGGAUUUUCACACAGCCAAAGACAGUGAAAUGACUAUAAAGCUGUUUUCAGACAUGAAC